CAUCGCCCAAGUGGUGAUGUGUACUUUUGCCAACAUCAAGCCAGCAGAGCACAAACUUUCAAUAAAAUAAGGGUGGCGAGAAAGGAGCGGAAGAAAAGAAGUAAAUUUCUUCACACGUCGCCGGCUCGACUGACAGAUCUCUGGAAGGGCUGGUCAAUUUUCAAGAAUGCUGACCAAAUUCGAGACCAAGUCGGCCAGGGUGAAGGGUCUAUCCUUCCACCCUAACAGGCCGUGGAUUCUCUCAAGUUUACACAAUGGUGUCAUCCAACUGUGGGACUACCGAAUGUGCACCCUAUUGGAAAAGUUUGAUGAGCACGAUGGGCCUGUCCGCGGCAUCUGCUUCCACAACCAGCAGCCGCUUUUCGUGUCCGGCGGUGACGACUACAAGAUCAAAGUGUGGAACUACAAGCAGAAGCGCUGCAUCUUCACACUCCUGGGCCACCUCGACUACAUCCGCUCCACCUACUUCCAUCAUGAGUAUCCGUGGAUUUUGAGUGCCUCCGACGACCAGACCAUCCGCAUCUGGAACUGGCAGAGCAGGACUUGCAUCUGCGUGCUCACCGGACACAACCACUAUGUCAUGUGUGCCCAAUUCCACCCCACAGAGGACCUUGUUGUGUCCGCCUCGCUCGACCAGACAGUUAGAGUCUGGGACAUUUCUGGUUUGCGAAAGAAGAAUGUUGCCCCAGGACCAACAGGACUAGAGGAGCACCUCAAAAACCCAGGCUCAACAGAAAUAUUUGGUCAAGCUGACGCAGUAGUAAAGCACGUCUUGGAAGGGCACGACCGUGGGGUCAACUGGGCCUGUUUUCAUCCCACAAUGCCGUUGAUCGCAUCAGGAGCCGACGACAGACAAGUCAAGUUGUGGCGUAUGAAUGAGGCCAAGGCCUGGGAAGUUGACACAUGUCGUGGUCACUACAACAAUGUCUCCAGCGUUCUUUUCCACCCUCGUCAGGAGCUGAUCAUCUCAAAUGCUGAGGAUAAAAGCAUCCGAGUGUGGGACAUGACCAAACGCACCUGUCUCAACACUUUCCGCAGAGAGAACGAGCGUUUCUGGAUAUUGGUGGCUCACCCCACUCUGAACUUGUUUGCUGCUGGUCACGAUUGCGGCAUGGUCAUUUUUAAGUUGGAGCGCGAAAGACCAGCUUAUGCAGUUCACGGUAACUUGCUUUACUACGUCAAGGAGCGUUUCUUGAGGAGGUUGGAUUUCACCACCUCUAAGGAUGUGCCACUUAUGAUGAUCAGAGGAGGAGGAAGAAUUCCUGUCCACAGCAUGUCGUACAAUCCUGCUGAGAAUGCUGUUCUCCUGAUCACGAGAACAAGCAAUGUGGAAAACAGUACAUACGACCUUUACGCUGUUCCCAAGGACGUCGACACUAACUCUCCUCCCGAGAGUGUGGAUAACAAGCGCUCUUCCGGCAUCACAGCCAUUUGGGUGGCUCGCAACAGAUUUGCUGUCCUUGACCGUAGUCAUUCGGUCAUUAUAAAAAAUUUGAAAAAUGAGGUUACUAAGAAAGUGACCACCCCAAACUGCGAGGAGAUUUUCUAUGCUGGAACUGGAAUGCUCUUGCUGCGUGACCCUGAUGGAGUUACUCUCUUUGACGUCCAGCAAAAGAGGAGCCUGGCUUCUGUGAAAAUGGCGCAGUGCAGAUAUGUGGUUUGGUCAAAUGAUAUGUCCCACGUUGCUUUGUUGGCAAAGCACACCGUUACCAUCUGCAACAGGAGACUCGAGACCCUCUGCACCGUCAGGGAAAACACCAGGGUCAAGUCUGGAGCUUGGGACGACUGCGGCGUUUUUGUCUACACGACCAGCAACCACAUAAAAUACUGCAUCACCAAUGGUGAUUAUGGAAUCAUCCGCACUCUGGAUUUGCCGAUCUAUAUUACCAAAAUCAAGGGCAACCAAGUCUUCUGCUUGGACCGCGAGUGCAGACCUCGCAUCCUCAACAUUGACCCCACUGAAUACAAGUUCAAACUUGCGCUUAUUAACAGGAAAUACGAAGAGGUUCUUCACAUGGUGCGCAAUGCUCGGCUAGUGGGUCAGAGCAUCAUUGCUUAUUUGCAACAAAAAGGCUACCCUGAGGUGGCUCUGCACUUUGUCAAGGACGAGAAGACCCGAUUUGGUCUCGCUCUGGAAUGUGGCAAUAUUGAAGUGGCGCUGGAAGCUGCCAGGGCACUGGACGACAAAUCUUGUUGGGAGCAACUUGGACAGGCAGCGCUCAUGCAAGGAAACCACCAAGUUGUUGAGAUGUGCUACCAAAGAACCAAGAGCUUUGACAAGCUGUCCUUCCUAUACCUGAUCACAGGAAACUUAGACAAACUCCGAAAGAUGACCAACAUUGCUGAGAUUCGCAAAGACACAUCUGGACAGUUCCAGGGUGCUCUGAUGAUGGGUGAUGUCCAGGAGAGGGUUAAAAUUUUGAAGAAUUGUGGUCAGCUGUCUUUAGCCUACCUCACUGCACGCACCCACAACCUGAAUGAAGAGGCUGAUGCCAUCAAGGAGAUGGUUGAUCCUGAAAAGGUGCAGUUGCCAGAGCCAAAUCCAAACGCCGUUUGCCUCCGUCCCCCAAUUCCUGUAAUGCAGGCGGAAACCAAUUGGCCAUUGCUUACUGUGUCCAAGAGUUUCUUCGAGGGCGCGAUGGCCAGCAGGAACAAGAAAACCAUCAACGCUGCCUUGGCUGCCAUUGACGAACCGGCUGAUGGAAUCAUCGACGUGGACGCCGGAGGCUGGGGAGAUGAUGCUGACCUCCGUUUGGAUGAAGAUGGAGAAGGCAGGGAUGACUUUGGAGAGGAGGAAAUUGUUGCUGCUGAUGGAGAUGCUGGUUGGGAUCUUGGUGAUGAAGACUUGGAACUGCCUCCAGAGGAGCCAAGCACACAAGCAUCAGGAGAGGCAGAUUAUUUUUCACCACCCACAAAAGGAAUUGCUCCAACCACUGCUUGGGUCAACUCGUCUCCUCUUGUAGUUGACCACAUAGUGGCAGGAUCAUUUGCCACCGCCUUCAAAUUGCUACAGUCACAGGUUGGAGUGGCAAAUUUUGAACCCUAUCGCCAGCUUUUUUUGAGCACAUAUAGCCGAAGCAAAACGUCUUACAAUGCGCUUCCCUUGCUGCCAGCCUUAUCAGCGUAUCCUCAGAGACCAUACAAAGGACCAAAUCCAAAUGGUCGCUGGCCUGCUGUGGGAUUGAAACUUUCAGAUUUAGUUCAAAGAUUACAGGUCUGCUAUCAAUUUACAACGGCAGGAAAGUUUCAAGAGGCCGUCGAAAAGCUGCGAUCGCUUCUUUUGAGCAUUCCGCUCCUUGCAGUUGAGAGUCGGCAGGAAAUUGCCGAGGCGCAGCAGCUGUUGCAGAUUUGCCGCGACUACAUCAUUGGUCUCAACAUGGAGCUGCAGAGGAAGGACAUGCCAAAGAGCAGCUUGCAAGAAAUGAAGCGUGUGUGCGAGAUGGCUGCAUACUUUACUCAUUGCAACCUUCAGCCGGUGCAUUUGAUCCUCACUCUGCGAACGGCUCUCAAUCUCUUCUUCAAACUGAAAAACUACAAGACUGCCGCUUCAUUUGCGCACAGGUUGCUUGAGCUAGGUCCUAGACCAGAGGUGGCCCAGCAAGCAAGGAAAAUCCUGCAGGCUUGUGAUAAAACGCCAACGGAUGAGCAUGAAUUGGAGUACGACCAACACAACCCAUUCCAACUCUGUGGCCACACGUACAAGCCGAUCUACCAAGGAAAGCCAGAGUCUUUGUGCCCCUUGUGCCACGCCAGCUAUUUCCCUCAGUUUGCGGGCUCAGUGUGUACCGUUUGCACAGUAGCAGAAAUUGGAAAGGAUUCAACGGGUUUGAAGAUCAGUUUAAUUCAGUCUAAAGUCUAAAGUUGCAGUCGGCCUUUGAGUGAUUUCAACAUUUUUUUUAUUUAAACAUUUCAACCUUGCAUUUUUUGGAUUUAGCCACUGUAUUACUUGAUUGAAGCAGAUUAAAGCUUUGAAAUGCGGUUAUUGAUGUACACAGCUAUUUACUAUUAUUGUUCUUGUUUCAAUAAAUUUAAGCAAAUUUUAAAAUA